AAUGUCGGAUAUACUACUUUUAAAAGCACUUAAAUCUCAGCCCAAAAAUGUUAACUUAAAUAAUAAACAUUUAAAAAAAUUACCUAAACUUGUUGGUAAAUUAACGUCAGUUUUGCAAUUGGAAUUAAAGCAUAACCAAUUGAGUGAAUUGCCUGAUGAAUUUGGUCAACUUGAACAGUUAGAAGUUUUAAAUAUCGGAAAUAAUAAAUUCGAAGAUCUGCCAUCAGCUUUAAGACAUUGUAUUAAUUUACUCAAAUUGCAUGCCUUUUCCAACAAUAUAACAUCUUUAAAUCCAAUUGUUUUAAAUAAUCUUGAUAGAUUAACAGUUCUUAACCUCAAUCAUAAUCUAUUGAAAACAUUGCCGCCAGAAAUUUGCAGAUUAGCUAAUUUAGAAGUAUUAAGUGUUGAACAUAAUGAAUUAGUUGAAUUACCAUUUGAAAUGUGUGCCUUAAUGAAUUUAAAAGAAUUCCGUGCUAAUUGUAAUAAACUACAAGCUUUACCAUUAGAAUUUGGAUUUCUAAUGAAUUUAGAACAACUUCACUUAGCAAUGAAUAAACUAAAAGAAUUGCCUGAGAAUUUAGGUAAAUGCUACAAGUUAAGAGUAUUAGAUAUUGCUGCUAAUGAACUUCGGAUAUUUCCAACAGAAUUUAUUGAACUUCCUUUAAAAGAGUUUUAUUGGGAGGAAAAUCCCCUUUUGAAGCAUAUGCCUGUCAAGAGCAUCCAAGAAGAGGAAGUUCUGUCUUUAAAGGAAAUUGCGGCUCGUUUCGUGAUGAAAGAAUUAAAAGAUAGAUGGUCAUAUCUUCGCAGGAGUAUUAGACAUUAUCCAGCUAUUAGAGAGAUGCUUUCUCAGAGUUCACGAUGUGCUCUAUGUGGUGAAGCAUUCCUUAAUACAUGGCUUGAGUGCGUUCGAUUCAUAGAUUCAGAGCAGAUAAAUACAUUAAAAAUUACCCCAAGACAUGGGGGAAAUAAACCACCUCUCUUGCCCGUAAGAGCCUUACUCUGUUCGUAUAAAUGCUUUAACAGUAGUGGUCAUAAGUUCUAUGGAGUAGCAUUUCCCCAGUAG